UCUGACUGUAAACCGGUGAUAAACGCUUAUCAUUGUUCUUAUCAUAUUUUAAGUCAAACUAAAAAUGGGAGUAGGAGGAAGCUGACCUUGAGGAGAAAGAGCAAAUUUCACUUGGAUUACACCACUGCUAUAAACCAAUACAGAUUUCAUCGACUUUAUUGACAGCAAAGUCCAAAGCCUUUCAGGUUUUCUCGUAGAUCUCCUCUCAAAAAUACUUCAUUUUUAUACCUGCCGGACUCGGAGAUGGUGACUCACGGCAUUUGAAUGCUGAAUGCAGCUUCGCGCUGGGUGACGCAGGCAUUGUUCGAACCUUGCAGGGCUCCGUUGUGAAUUGUUCUGGACGUCUGUACAGAAACCAAACGAUUAAAGCUGAAUUACGGGACAGUUAAGGUCUGAAGGUUCGGUGGAAAGUUAGGUGGAAGUGAACCAUUGGAAAAGUGCCCUCUCACCCAGGGGUGUGUAACGGUGUGUAUGAGUGAGUGAGUGCGUGUGUGAGCCAGAGCCUCAGGAGCCAUGUCGGACCCCAGGGACAUCGACGAGGACGCCAUCCUCAAGGGCCUCAGCGCUGAGGAGCUGGACCAGCUGGAUUAUGAGCUGCAGGAGAUGGACCCCGAGAAUGCCCUGCUGCCAGCUGGCCUCCGGCAGCGUGACCAGACGAAGAAGAGCCCGACGGGGCCGUUUGACCGUGAUGCCCUAAUGCAGCACCUGGAGAAGGAGGCCAUGGAGCACCAGGACAGGGACGACCUGGUGCCCUUCACUGGGGAGAAGAAAGGAAAGGCCUUCGUGCCCAAGAAGGCGGCGGAGAUCCCCGAGCACGAGCAGGUGAUCCUGGAGCCGGAGCUGGAGGAGGCUCUGAAAAACGCCACUGAUGCUGAGAUGUGUGAUAUUGCAGCUAUCCUUGGUAUGUACACGCUAAUGAGCAACAAGCAGUACUACGAUGCUCUGGGCACCACAGGCACGAUCGCCAACACGGAGGGCAUCAACAGUGUGGUGAAACCAGACCCAUUCAAGAUCUUUCCCGAUGAGCCACCCAACCCCACCAACGUGGAGGAAACCCUGGAGAGAAUCCACAGCAAUGACAGCAGCCUGACAGAUGUCAACCUCAACAACAUCAAGGACAUUCCCAUCCCGACACUGAAAGAGAUCUUCGAGGCGAUGAAGGGAAACUCUCACGUGGAGUCUCUGAGCAUCGCUGCGACCCGCAGCAACGACCCCGUGGCCUACGCAUGUGCUGAGAUGCUGCAGGAGAACACCAGCUUGCAGAGUCUUAACAUCGAAUCCAACUUCAUUACUGCAGACGGCAUGAUGGCGAUCAUCAAAGCGAUGGCCAACAACGCCACACUGGUGGAGCUCAAGAUCGACAACCAGAGGCAGAAGCUGGGAGAUUCAGUUGAGAUGGAGAUCGCCUCCAUGUUGGAGAACAACUCCAGCAUCCUCAAGUUCGGCUACCACUUCACCCAACAGGGUCCCCGCGCCAGAGCCGCCAUGGCCAUCACACAGAACAACGACAUGAUUCGUCAGCAGAGAUUAAGAUGA